AUGGCCGAUAGUGGAGCAUCCUCUCCUUCGUCCGACCUCCCAGACCUAGACUCUCUCCAUGCAUCUCUGUCCUCUCUUUCCUGCACUCCCCCCUCUGUUGCGGCACUCUCUCUGUCGACGUCGCCUCCCGCAAUAACCGCCAGUGUCUCCGGUCUCCCACGCUUUUCAAACCAUCUUCCCCCGCCCCCGCAGGUGUUCCUGCCCACUUCUACGACCAUGGUGGGGUGGAUCGGUUGGGUGUUUUCUCUGGUUUUCCAGACCAUUCCGAGUGUUUUAUACUGGAUAAUCACCUUCACGACCAUCACAUUGCCAACAUGGCUCUUCACACUCUUUUCUACGAGCUUGACGUUCACAAUGAAUUUCACAACACUGCUACUGAUCAUACUGGCGGUCGUCUCGACCAUCAGCUGGUUCAUUCGCUACCGGUUUCUAAACAUGUACAGCCGGCUACCCCCUGAGCCCCAACGCAAGGAACCGCAACUCGACCUCUUCCCGGACGUGCAGGAAGGCGAUUCGAAACCGGGUUUGGCCAAUUACCUUGAUGAAUUUCUGAGCGCGAUCAAAGUGUUUGGUUACCUCGAGAGACCCGUCUUUCAUGAGUUGACACGAACGAUGCAAACAAGAAAGUUAAUCGCGGGAGAGACUCUCCAACUCGAGGAAGAAAAGGGAUUCUGUCUGGUUGUAGAUGGACUGGUUCAAAUAUUCGUCCAGUCUAUUCGGGAUGGAAAACACAACCUGAAUGGUGAGGUCAUCGAGGACUCGUCAGAUGAAGAGGGCCAAUCUCAGGAUGGGAAACAAGGGUAUCAGCUGCUCACAGAAGUGAAGAAUGGUGCUGCUAUGUCAUCUUUAUUCUCGAUCCUAUCCCUGUUUACGGAGGACAUCCAAAUGCGAAUCAACGGAGGCUCAUAUUCGAGUAUGUCGAGUGUUCAGCCGAGUCCUGCUCGGCAACCCGACUCGAUCCCCGCUAGUCCCGGUGGUGGUUUGAAUGGGUCGCCUCCGGCUAUACCCAUGGACUAUGAAGACGACAACUCCACCAUCAACGGCGAGGGGGAAUUCUUGCCUUCGGUUCCUCCGCUACAUCUACCAGAGAGCCGUGCACCCCCCAAGAGUCGACCUAGAAGCUCGGGGAAGGUGCAUUCCAUCCCUCGGAAAUCAGUCCAUCCGGACAUCGUGGCUCGAGCCAUGGUUGAUACGACGAUUGCAAUUAUCCCAGCGAGUGCCUUCCGACGCUUGACACGCCUUUACCCUAGAGCUACCGCCCAUAUAGUUCAGGUGAUCCUUACACGACUACAGAGAGUCACAUUUGCGACAGCACACUCGUACCUCGGUCUAACAAACGAAGUUCUUGGAAUUGAGAAACAAAUGACCAAAUAUACAACGUUUGACUUGCCGAAUGAAAUCCGGGGGGCGGCAUUAGAUCGACUGAAAGAGAAAUUCUUGAAAGAAAAGGACCGCCUAGGCUCAGAAGAAGUCACUAAAGGAAUUGCAUUGCAUAACCCUUACGCCGGUAGAAGAGGCCGGUCGAGUAGCUUCCUAAGAAAGGAAGCUGCUCUUCAAGCAAAGAUGGCGAUGACACAGAGACCUAUCUCCCUUGCCAACCCGGAAAAGUCCCCUGGUGGUCGCGACACAGCUGGAGUUAGCCCUGGAGACCUUCUUUCCACUAUCCAACUCUCUCGAUUUGGCCCUAAGCAUGAUCAAUUCGCUACUGCUCCUAGAUUUCUCUCUCCACUAGCCGACAAAGAGCGCUCACCGAUGCGUCGUUCCUCGUUUCAACGGAAAGAUUCGGUUGACGAGGACGCUUUAUUCCGCGAGUCGAUAUUGGACUGUAUUAUGAACGGCAUUGGUCUGACAGCCAGCUCUCAUGAUGCGCUCCGCAAAGGAAGUCAUGCCUCCGGUGAACUAUCCCCGAAAUUAGUUUCAUACGAUUCGCGCCGCCAGAAAGCUGUAUUUAGCAAUAACGCAUUUGGAUUCAUUGACGCCUACGAGGGAUCUGGAGACGGUGAAACCGAGUCGAUCAUGUCUAUGUCUGUAACGAGCGCCGGCGGUACAUCGCCUAUUGUUAAUUUGAGGGAAGAGCUUCGUAACGAUAUAGAAAUCGUUUACUUUCCCAAGGGAUCAGUUCUCGUGGAACAGGGUGAACGCCAUCCGGGGUUGUAUUAUGUUAUAGACGGUUUUCUCGACGUGGGAGUUCAAGUCAACGAAAAGGGAGAGGACCUUGUCGGGACGUCAAGGCCCGGCCACUUGCAAUUUCAGGAGGAACUAUUCCCAACAUUAAAGCGGACCCAGACAGCUACAUCACGCGGGUCUACUACUGCAGCUUCUACAAACGACCCCAAGCGCAAGAGGCAAUCCCGGAAGUCCCUCUACAUGAUCAAGCCGGGUGCAAUUCAGGGCUAUGUAGGCGCGAUGGCGUCGUACCGCUCUUAUACCGAUGUUGUCGCAAAGACAGAUGUCUACGUAGGGUUCCUUCCGCGAACGUCUUUGGAAAGAUUGGCGGAACGAUAUCCAAUUGCUUUGUUGACACUGGCAAAGAGACUCACGGGCCUUCUACCACGCCUGCUUCUCCAUAUCGAUUUUGCUUUGGAGUGGGUGCAGGUAAAUGCUGGCCAAGUCAUUUAUCAUCAGGGUGAUGAGAGUGAUGCUAUCUAUAUCACGCUAAAUGGACGCCUUCGGUCGGUCCUUGAGGGGGCAGGGGGCAAAAUGACUGUCGUUGGGGAGCAUGGACAAGGUGAAAGUGUUGGCGAGUUGGAAGUGAUGACAGAGUCGACGCGACCCGCAACGUUGCACGCCAUACGAGAUACCGAACUAGCCAAGUUCCCUCGGUCUCUUUUCAACAGCCUGGCCCAGGAGCACACUGGGAUUACAAUCCAGGUCUCAAAACUCAUCGCCCAGCGGAUGCGGGAUCUAGUCGAAAACCCGAUGUCUGAACAAAGCACCGAGCCUGGUAAUACCGGCAGCGUCAAGACCGCGACGUCAACCCUCAAUCUCCGCACUGUUGGAAUUCUUCCGAUCACCACUGGUGUUCCAGUUGUUGAAUUCGGCAAUCGGCUCCUGAACGCUCUACAGCAAAUCGGUGUUACUGAUGGUGUGACAUCUUUAAACCAAGCGGCUAUCCUGAAUCACCUUGGCCGACAUGCUUUUAGCAGGAUGGGAAAGCUUAAGCUUUCACAGUAUCUAGCCGAUUUAGAGGAGAAAUAUGGAAUGGUUCUGUACAUCGCUGACACCAAUGUGAACUCGCCAUGGACUCAAACAUGCAUUAGCCAGGCCGACUGUAUCCUCUUGGUUGGCCUUGCAGAGUCGUCCCCAAACGUGGGAGAGUACGAAAGAUUCUUACUCGGAAUGAAGACCACGGCACGAAAGGAACUCGUGUUGCUGCAUGCAGACAGAUAUUGCCCCCCUGGCAUCACUCGAAAAUGGUUGAAGAACCGUGUUUGGAUCAACGGAGGUCACCAUCAUAUUCAAAUGGGGUUCCGUCUCACUGCUGAGCCAUCGCAUCCUCAAGCAAAACGGCUGGGUACGGUUUUGAAGCAAAGAGUUCAGAUCCUCCAGGCCGAGAUCCAGAAAUACACUUCUCGCCGCAUUCGCCAAACUCCACUUUACUCUGCCCAAACACCAUUUAAGGGCGAUUUCCACCGCUUAGCGCGCCGGCUCUGUGGCAGGGCGGUUGGCCUGGUUCUUGGAGGAGGUGGUGCACGAGGUAUUGCUCAUGUGGGGGUUAUUAAGGCUCUGGAGGAGGCUGGAAUCCCCGUUGACAUUGUUGGUGGGACAUCCAUUGGUGCCUUUAUUGGUGGUCUGUAUGCCAGGGAUGCAGAUGUUGUCCCAAUGUAUGGCCGUGCAAAGAAAUUCGCUGGGCGCAUGGGAAGCAUGUGGCGCUUUGCCUUGGAUCUGACCUACCCGUCCAUGUCGUACACCACUGGCCAUGAAUUUAACCGCGGAAUAUUCAAGACCUUUGGCGAUAGCCAGAUUGAAGAUUUUUGGCUCGAGUUCUACUGCAACACGACCAAUAUCAGCCGAUCUCGAGCCGAGUACCAUUCCUCCGGUUACAUCUGGCGUUAUGUGCGUGCAUCGAUGUCACUCGCUGGCCUUCUCCCUCCUAUUUGCGAUGAGGGGAGCAUGUUACUCGACGGAGGCUACAUUGAUAAUCUUACUGUAGCCCAUAUGAAGACACUGGGCGCAGACGUGAUCUUCGCCGUUGACGUUGGCUCCAUCGAUGACAACACCCCACAGGGCUAUGGUGAUUCCCUCUCUGGCUUUUGGUCAGUUGUUAACCGUUGGAAUCCGUUUUCUGCGAUUCCAAAUCCUCCAACCCUAUCUGAGAUCCAGGCGCGACUGGCUUAUGUCUCUUCUAUUGACAAUCUCGAGCGGGCCAAGAACAUGCCGGGCUGCCUCUACAUGCGUCCUCCAAUUGACCGCUACGGAACCCUUGAAUUCGGCAAUUUCGACGAAAUUUACCAAGUUGGAUAUGUUUAUGGCAAGGAAUACUUGCUGAAGCUCAAGACCGAAGGAUCCCUACCACUUCCAGAGGAAACCGAAGAAAAGAAAAAGCUUCAGCGUACACUGGCACCUCGACGUGCAAGUAUAUAA